UUGUUCCAUAUAUGUAAAUACGACAAAUAUGGUAGUAAUUAAUUAAUUAAUUAUAUAUAUAUAUAUAUAUAUAUAUAUAUUACUCCCACCCAUCGCCUCUCUCCAUGUUGCUGUCCCAUUCAUAUCCCUUUGCAGAGCAUUCUGAAUCAUAACACCGUGUUCCCGCCUCCUCAUUCUUCUCCUUCUUCGUCUUCUUCGCUGUGCUUUCCUUUUUCCUUUUUUUUUUUUUUUUUAAAAAAAGUUUCCGGCCAAAAAAUAAAUACAGGCGCAAAGGUCUUAUAUAGAAUCGAAAUUUCUCUUUAAUCCCUCAUUCCGUUUUUUAUCAUAUCAUAUGCGCCUCCCUCCUUAAUCAAUUUCCCGACCGGCUCCACUCCUAACUCCGGCGGGCAAAACCAAUCCGAUUACUUUCUCGAGAAAGAGACGGAAAAGGGUGGAGAAAGGAAGGGAGGAUGCAUUCGGGGAAUCACUGGGGAGGGUCGUUUGAGAUAGUGAAUGGGGGUGAAACGGCUUCGGCUGGGGAGGAGGAGAGGAGCCGGAACAUGUCGGACUGGGACCGGGGUUCGCUGUCGUUUCACCGGCGGCAGCAGGAGCAGGAUCCCGACAACCCCGGGAAUCAUCAUCAUCAUCAGGAGUUAGACGAGACGCAGCAGAGUUGGCUGUUGGGGCCGCCGGAGCGGAAGAAGAAGAAGUACGUGGACUUGGGGUGCAUCAUGUGCAGCCAGAAGGCGUUGAAGUGGACCGCGUGGUCCAUCGUCGCCGUCUUUUUUGUGGUGGCGCUUCCCAUCAUCAUCACCAAGUGCUUGCCCAAGCACCACCCUCGUCCGCCGGUGCCCGAUAACUACACCGUCGCUCUCCAUAAGGCUCUCCUCUUUUUCAAUGCCCAAAAAUCUGGAAAAUUGCCGAAGAACAAUGGAAUAGGAUGGAGAGGGAAUUCGGGGCUGAGGGACGGAUCGGACGUGCCGGAAGUGAAGGGAGGGCUCGUCGGAGGAUACUACGACGCCGGCGACAACACCAAGUACCAUUUUCCGAUGGCGUUCACGAUGACGAUGUUGAGCUGGAGCGUGAUAGAGUACAGCCACAAGUACCAGGCCAUCGGCGAGUACGACCACGUCCUUGACCUCAUCAAGUGGGGCGCCGAUUACCUUCUCUUAACCUUCAACUCCUCCGCCCCCAAAAUCAACAAAGUCUUCUCUCAGGUUGGUGGAUCGCCGAAUCGCACCGCAACCCCAAACGAUUACUACUGCUGGGAGAGACCGGAGGACAUGGACUACAAGCGGCCGACCCAAACCGCGACUUCGGGUCCCGACCUCGCGGGAGAGAUGGCGGCGGCGCUGGCGGCGGCCUCCAUCGUCUUCCGCGACAACCUGGCCUACGCCACGAAGCUGAGGAAGGGUGCGGCCACGGUGUUCGCGUUUGCGAGGGACUUUGGGAGACGCACCCCCUACUCCCGCGGGAACCUCUACAUCGAGCCCUUCUACAACUCGACGGGGUACUUCGACGAGUACAUGUGGGGGGCGGCGUGGCUGUACUACGCCACCGGCAACAGAAGCUACAUUCAGCUGGCGACCAACCCCGGCGUGCCGCGGAACGCGAAGGCGUUUGUGAUGACGCCGCAGCGAAGCGUGCUGAGUUGGGACAACAAGCUGCCGGCCGCGAUGCUGCUGCUGACGCGGCUGCGUAUAUUCCUGAACCCCGGUUACCCUUACGAGGACAUGCUGAGGAGUUAUCACAACGUUACGGGGCUUAACAUGUGUUCUUAUCUUCGGCAGUUCAAUGUCUUCAACUGGACUCGCGGGGGGUUGAUAAGACUGAGCCAAGACAAGGAGAAGCCAUUGCAGUAUGUAGCAAACGCAGCGUUUUUGGCGUCCCUAUUUGCGGACUACAUGAACGCCACUGGCAUCCCCGGUUGGAAUUGCGGCCCCAAAUUCAUUCCUUCCCAUGUUCUUCGCAGUUUCGCCACCUCCCAGAUGGACUACAUCCUUGGAGCAAACCCCAUGAAGAUGAGCUACGUGGUGGGCUACGGCAACAACUUCCCGAGGAAGGUGCACCACCGCGCCGCGUCCAUCCCCAGCGACAAGAAGAAAUACUCCUGCACAGGCGGAUACAGGUGGCGCGACAGCAAAAAGUCCAACCCUCACAACAUCACGGGAGCCAUGGUGGGUGGCCCCGACGCCUUCGACCGCUUCCAGGACUCCCGCAACAAGCCCAGGUACAACGAGCCCACCCUCGCCGGAAACGCAGGCCUCGUGGCUGCGCUCGUCUCCCUCACCGCCAGCGGCGGCACCACCAUCGACAGGAAUUCCAUUUUCUCUGGGGUGCCGCCGCUGUACCCCCCCAGCCCACCGCCACCCUCCCCUUGGAAGCCAUGAAAGACGACGACUCAAGAGUUCAUUCAUUAGCAAACCCUGUAAUUAAUUAAUUUUUGUUCCAAAAUUUCCCUGUAGUUUAUAUAAACAUUAUACAACAUCUGGUGAUUUGUUGAGGCGUACAGACAAUACAGGAUUGAUAAUCUCUUCCUCAAA